ACAAACACUUGGUCUUCAUUUCAGUCUCAGGGUGCUCUAGUCUUUCAUCACUUUACUCAGAAAGUCGGAUGUCCAGACAUGGAUCAGGUCAGAGACGUGUCUGGAAAGUGGAAGAAUGAUCUUGGUUCUGUAAUGGAGCUGAAGGAGGAUGGCACUGGUAAGAUUAGCGGGACGUAUACAACUGCUGCUGAGUUCUUUAUGUCCAAUGAACCAGGAGAAGCCGCUGACCUUGUGGGCUACAUAAAAAAUCACACGGAUAAAGAGAUUGGCAUCCCCACUACUACUAUUACAUUCUGCAUGGCCUGGAAGAUAGAAGGCUCAUGUAGUGCAUUCACUGGCCAGAUCUUCCCAGGAGAAAACAAUGAACAGCCUGUAAUAAAGACCACCUGGCUUCUCCAUUCACCUGUAGAUGGCCUUCAGCACAACUGGGCAUCAACCAGGGUUGGGGAGAACACAUUCUACAAAAUACAGACCCAUCAAGAAGACUCUCAAGGAUGAGAAAAAGUGGAAAAAGUUAAUUAUCAAAAUAAAGUUUGAUUAACA